AUGUCAAGUAAUUCAAGUUCACCUUGUUCGAAAAAGUCAAAAGUAAAGGGAAGACAACCCGAUCUUCGUGAAUUAUUGUUUAAAAGAAUGAAAUCCCAACAAACAUCUAACGAAGGCAAUGAAUCUUCUCGUUUAAGUUCCCCUCUAAGUCCUCCUUUAAGUUCCCCUCCAAGUGAAGAUGUUAAUAUGGAAGUAGGUGGUUCAAGUAGUUGUGAUGAACCAUUGGAUGAUGAAUGGGUGUAUGAUGUUGAACUUCUUCCUCAUGACCCGGGAUUGAGGAAAAACAUAAUGGAUUAUCCCCCUAAUGAAAGAAAUCCGAGGGAUGUUGAAAUUAACAAGGGGGGUGAUGCAUUUGUUGUCGGAGGGUUUAGAGCGUGGAGUAAACCUGAUAGGCUUGAGAAGCAUGUUGGAGGAAUUAAAAGUGCUCAUAAUAUUGCUUAUGAGAAAUAUGUGAAUCUAAGAGAUGCAAAGAAGACAUCAAUUGAAUUUGUAUUUGAUAAUGCGAGUGAGGUUCAAAUGAACGAAUAUCAUAUUCGUUUGAAUGCAUCCUUAACUUGUUUGAGAUUUCUUUUGGGCCAAGGUUUGGCAUUCCGGGGACAUGAUGAAAGUGAGGAGUCAUAUAGUAGAGGUAACUUUCUUGAGCUUUUGAAGUGGUUGGGGGGGAAGGUUGAGGAAAUAGGAAAAUAUACUUUCCAAAAUGCACCCAAAAAUUGUCAAUUAACAUCUCCCAAAAUUCAAAAAGACAUUAUCACUUGUUGUGCAAAAGAGACUACUAAGCGCAUAAUAGAAGAGGUUGGUGAUGGUUACUUUUCUAUUUUGGCCGAUGAAUCAAGUGAUGUGUCUCAAAAAGAACAACUAGCUCUUGUUUUGCGGUUUGUUAAUAGAGAAAAUGGAUCGGUAGUGGAACGCUUUUUAGGCAUUCUACAUGUGGGUGAUACUACCGCUUUGUCUCUUAAAAAUGCCAUUAUGUCCUUGCUUAUGGAACAUUCAUUGAGUCCUUCCAUGAUAAGAGGUCAAGGGUAUGAUGGGGCAAGUAACAUGAGGGGUGAAAUCAAUGGCCUCAAGACUUUGAUUAUGAAUGAUACUCCAAGAGCCUAUUACAUUCAUUGUUUUGCUCAUCAACUUCAACUAACUCUAGUUGCGGUUGCUAAAAAGAAUGUUAAUUGUACUUGGCUUUUUGACGUACUUGCAAACUUGUUAAAUGUGGUGGGAGCUUCUUGUAAGAGAAGAGACCUUAUUCGAAAAAACCAAGCUCAAGUAGUGGCUCAAGCUUUGGAAGUGGGGGAAAUUGAAAGUGGAUCGGGUUUGAAUCAAGAACGUGGUUUGAGUAGGCCGGGAGAUACACGUUGGGGAUCUCAUUACAAGUGUCUAAUAAGUAUCAUCAACUUGUUUCCUUCAAUUGUUAAAGUGCUUGAGGAGAUUGGAGAAAAUGGCUCUCCGGAUGAUAAGCUCAAAGCUCAAAUGAGGGAUCAAGGAUGGGAUAGUCUCUUAGACAAAGUCAUUUUAUUUUGUACUAAACACGAGAUUGAUGUUCCAUCUAUGGAUGCUCAAUAUGUACCUCAAGGAAGAUCAAGACGUUUUGCUAAACAAGCAACAAAUCUACAUCAUUUUCGCGUUGACAUUUUUUUGGAAGUAAUUGAUUUGCAUCUUCAAGAGAUUGAUAACCGUUUUAAUGAGAAGAACAUGGAGUUACUUACAUGCAUGGCUUCCCUGAGUCCUAGAGGUAACUUUUCAUCUUUUGAUAAAGAGAGGAUACUUAAACUUGCUUCUUUAUAUCCCGAAGAGUUUUCAUGUUUUGAUUUAACGGCUCUUGAUCUUCAACUUGAUGUCUUCUUGGAUUCUAUGCAAAAUGAUGAAAGAUUUCAUGAUUUGCAAGAUAUCAAUUCUCUUUCCAUGAUGCUUGUUAAAACAAGGAGACAUGAGACUUUUCCUCUUAUACAUUUGCUAAUCAAGUUAAGGCCAUUAAAGAUGACUAUUGUGAAGGUAUCCGCUAUUGGCCCAUUCUCUUUUAACAUCAUUGUAAAGACUAACAAACAACUUAAGUUGUCUGCCAAUCCCUUAAGGUUUUCUUUGAAGAUCAUCUUCGAUGCUCAAGUCAAUAAUGGUGAUAAGAUGUUUGCAGUGUAG